ACAGAAGACAGAAGACAAGCGUUUAACACUCUCUCAGAGUCUCUUCAUAGUUCCCACGACACAGGAGGACAAAAAAAACGACAUCUGGGUUUUGAUCGUGAUCACAUACUGAUUCACUUCCCCAGGAAAGAAACAGGAAUCAAACAGACAGAUAAUCGCCAUGAAAGGCCACGUCUUUAUCGCCAUGUUCGUGGUUUUCGUCGGGUUAGGGACGAGUUUAACGCAGAGGGAAGGAAACUGGAGAGAUUACAUGAGCUGGGACGACAUGAAACUGGAGGUGGACGAGGUGGGGGGAGCGAGACCGAGCUUCAGGGACAACGGAAUGAAUCAGAGCAGAGUGAUCGUGGUUGAUAAGAACGGAUUCGGCGAUUCGGUUACUGUUCAAGGAGCUGUUGACAUGGUUCCCGAAAAUAACUUACAGAGAGUUAAAAUCUUCAUUCUUCCCGGAUUUUACAGGGAGAAGGUGAUGGUGCCGAGGAACAAGCCGUACAUAUCGUUCAUAGGGAACGAGAGCAGAGUGGAAGAGACAGUGAUAAGUUGGGACGACAAAGCUUCCGACAUUGACGAGAAUGGUCUCCUUCUCGGCACUUACCGCUCCGCUUCUGUCACCGUUGAAUCCGAUUUCUUCUGCGCCACGGCCAUCACUUUCCAGAACACAGUGGUGGCAGAGCCAGGAGGGUACGGAAUGCAGGCAGUGGCACUGAGGAUCUCAGGGGACAGAGCAAUGUUCUACAGAGUUAGGGUUUUAGGCACACAAGACACUCUCCUUGAUGAAUCUGGCUCUCACUACUUCUUCCAGUCCCACAUCCAAGGAAGUGUUGAUUUCAUCUUUGGCAAAGCCAGAUCCCUUUACCAGGACUGUGUGAUUCAGUCUACGGCCAAAAGAUCAGGAGCCAUUGCAGCUCACCACAGAGACUCAGAGGAUGAAGACACCGGAUUCUCUUUUGUGGACUGUGUCAUCAAUGGAACAGGCAAAAUCUACCUGGGAAGAGCAUGGGGAAACUACUCGAGAGCUAUUUACUCCAACUGCUACAUCGCUGAUGUCAUCACCCCCAUGGGCUGGAGUGACUGGAACUUCCCCUACAGACAGAGGACUGUGUUGUUUGGGGAGUACAAUUGCAGGGGAAGAGGAGCAGAGAGAGGAGGACGAGUUCCAUGGUCGAAAAAUCUCACCUUUGAUGAAGUUAGGCCUUUCCUGGACAUCAAGUUCAUAUAUGGAGAGCAAUGGCUGAGACUCUAACUGAUUCUGAUCACCCAGAGGAGUUCAAUUCUGACCAAAAAGGCGAAAAUCGAAGAAAAGAGAAGAGGGGAGAAAACCCCGAUAGAAGCUAACUUGACCCGUCUUAUACUAUUCGUUUAUAAGCAUUCGAUGCAGAAAUGUGCAUGUUUUAGCAGACACUACUGAUCUGGAAAGCAAACCAAGUUCUUGAUAUUUCUCAUCU